AUGCAUGAAGAAACUGUGGAUGCUUUGGCAUUUAUGGAGAUCAAGCAUAAGGAGUUGAAUCUCCGCUUCAGAGGUGUAAUAGAACAGGAAGGAGAGAAUAUAAAGGAAAGAUUAAUUAUGGAAAUAGCAAAUUGGCUUGGAUUGGAUGAAGAAGAAGUUGGAAAGACAAUUGAUAAGGCUUUCAGGAUUAAAUAUAAGACAGAAAGAGGUAAAAAAAACCUUCCAGGUGACUGCCUUGUCUUUUUAAAUUCAAGAGAAAUGAAAGAUUUGAUUCUAAGAACAAACCUGGAAAGGAAGCUGUGUAUUAAUGAAAAAAUUAUUAUAAUUUACAAGGAAACACCCAAAAGAUUUCUGAAACGUAGAGAAGAAUAUAAAGAUAUUACCCUGAUCCUGAGAAAGAAUGAAAUUUGGUACAAGUGGGAAUUCCCGGAAGGGGUUUCUUUUUUUUAUAAGGACAAGAAAUUUAAGAUUAAAUCUACUCAGGAGAUAGUGAAAUUUAUGAGAAGAUAUGGUAAAGAGCUGGGGAAGAAGGAAGAUGACACACCACUGGAAGAAGAAGAAGAGAAAGAGAUUUAA